AGAGACUGUGUCAAGAUGACCUCUGAGGAGAUGACAGCGUCUGUUCUGCUCUCUGUGGUACAGGGUAAAGUGAUAGCUGCCCAGUCAGCUGGAGAUGAAAAUACUGAAAAUGCUUUGGACACCAGUGUUAUAAGAAGACAUACAGCCAGUUCAGGAAGGCAAACCACACACAAUCUGUCUUACUUACACAGACUUGAAGAAGAAAGUCUUCAGGGCUCAGUGCCCAAAAUAUUCCCUCUGGCUAAAGAACAACUGGCUAACGACAAGAGUAAUGAAAACUUCUGGGAGAGGAACAGCUCCAUCUCUGAUUCAGUGGAAUUUCUUAACAUUAACUGUAACAUUGUACAGAAGAACUACAAGAGCAAUAUCUCCUGCAGCCAGUUGUAUCAAUCUUGUGCUCCUCUAGCAGGGGAAGAGGCAUGCCUGGAAACUGGAAUUCCUGUUUCUCUGGAAAGAGCCAUGCUUGCUGAAAUUCAGUUGAAAAUGAAUGGACCUUCAUUAAGAAGCCAGACAGCAGUAAAUAAGAAUGACAGCAGUGAUCCUGAUAAAGUGGCCUUUUUUCACUUACAUUGUGCUAGUGAAAGGAAUAUAUCAAAGGCUUUGUGUGGUUUACACAACAGCUUCCUUUUGGAUGACUGCUUGCAGCCCAUGAGUGAUGGUGAUGGUAACACCACUGGUUCCCCAGCCUGCACUUGCAGCAUAAUGCAGUUGACAAAUAAUUGUGAGAAUAAAAAUGGACAGCAGUUGUAUGAAGAUGCUUUGAGGGAUAAGUUCUUAUGUCUGGAAAGAGCACCACGAAAGGUUAAAGUGGCAUGCUCAGGUCACAACUUCUGUGGAAAUAACUUUACUGGAAGGAUGCCCUCAAAGCCCUUUCUGAGCCAUUUUGAGGACUGCAGUGAUAACUGUGAAGAAGAGCUGGAAGAGGAUUUUUUUAGAAACAAAAAGGAACGUUCGACACUCUUAAUAAGACGUUUCUGUAAAAAUGAUAAAGAGGUUAAAAAAUCAGUUUAUACUGGAACAAGAGCAAUUUUUAGGACUUUACCAUCAGGGCACAUAGGAACUGUUGCUUGGAAUUAUGUUGAACAAAGGAGAAACAACAGUGGCAUGAAGUUUUCUAGGAUUACAACAGAACAGCUAACUAUAAUUCAGUCCCUAAUAAAAUGGAAAUUUAAUUCCUGUCCUGAGAAAUCCUUAUGGUAUGAGAUCUUCAGUACAGUGAGAGAAGAGGAGGAAGGAGCAGAAGAUAUUUUUCAAUAUAUUCCUCACCUUCUGAGGAAGCUCCCAACAUCUGUUACAGACUGUAUAUACAAAGGAGAUGGUUUUUGUGUAAAACCAUGUGUAACAGGUGCUUACUGUCAAUAUCGUGCCACUUCUCAGAGGACUGCGCUCUCUAACUAUAUAACUGGUGCUCUACUAGAAGCAACUACAUCAUUAGGAGCAAGAAGUGGUCUUUUAAAUAUCUUCGGAGGAUCAACUGGAAGAACAAUGCUUAAAGAACGCCAAGCGUGUACAUCCAUGUCUGGCUCCAGCGUGCUUCCCUCCAGUGUGGCCGGUAUCAGCAGGGAGCUGAUCGAGCUGCAGCACCUCAUCCAGUUCCCAGAGGAGGUUGCCAGCAUCCUGACCGAGCAGGAGCAGGAGCUCUACCGCAAAGUCUUACCCAUCGACUACCUCUGCUUCCUGACCAGGGAUUUGGGCAGUGCUGAGUGUCAAAGCAAGCUGCCAUCUAUUAAGGCAUCCAUAUCUGCUACUAUUCUUUCUUCUCCUAAUGGAGAACAUAAUGCUGUAGAAGAUCUUGUGACAAGGUUUAAUGAGGUGAGCUCCUGGGUUACCUGGCUGAUCCUGACUGCAGGUUCUAUGGAGGAGAAACGAGAAGUCUUCUCAUACUUAGUACAUGUGGCAAAAUGCUGCUGGAAUAUGGGCAACUACAAUGCUGUAAUGGAAUUCCUGGCAGGGCUAAGGUCUAGAAAGGUUUUAAAAAUGUGGCAAUUUAUGGACCAGUCUGAUAUUGAAACCAUGCGAAGUCUGAAGGAUGCUAUGGCACAACAUGAGUCAUCAUCUGAAUACAGGAAAGUGGUCAACCGGGCACUCAAUAUUCCAGGCUGCAAAGUUGUUCCUUUCUGUGGUGUCUUUUUAAAAGAGCUCUGUGAAGUUUUGGAUGGAGCAUCAAGCCUCAUCAGACUCUGUCCACGAUAUAACUCCCAGGAUGAAACAUUAGAGUUUGUUUCAGAUUACAGUGGACAAGAUAAUUUCCUACAACGAGUAGGCCAAGAUGGUUUAAACAAUCCAGAAAAAGAAUCAACAACAAACAAUAUCUUUCAAACAAUUCGGAGCUGCAAUCGCAGUUUGGAGUCUGAAGAGGGUGAAGAUAAUGCCAGUGAAGGCAGCAGCUCAAGGAAAAACUCCUUGAAGGACAAAAACCGCUACCAAUUUCUCAUCGGCGAUCUUUCAGAUUCUGAAAGUGACAUAUUUGAGCAGUUGAAAGAAUGGGACACCAGUUCAACAGAAGAGCAGCAAAAAGCUUUCUGCCAUGGGAUAGAACUCAUUCCCUGGUAUGUGUUGUCCAUCAGGGCUGACGUCCAUCAGUUCAUGCAGCAAGGGGCGACCGUCAUUCAUUACGACCAGGAGACACAUCUCUCAGCUCGCUGCUUCCUCCAGCUCCAGCCUGACAAUAGUACUUUGACUUGGACAAAACCCACCACAGUUUGCCCUGCAAAUGCCAAGGCAAAACUGAGUGUGCUGGGCAAUACUGCUGAGCUUGGUAAAUACCAGUUUCUUGGUAAUAGUGGACUGGUGGAAGGCUUUUUGGACUUGUUUUCAGCCAAGGCUGUAUAUAUGGGACACUCGGGCAUUGAUAUGCACACUGUGUGUGUUCAAAAUAAGCUUUGCAAUAUGUCCCUUGAAGAAAAUGGUAUAACACUACUUUAUGGACUUCAGACUACUGAUAACAAGUUGCUGCACUUUGUUGCUCCAAAAUACACUGCCAGAAUGCUGUAUGAUGGAUUGCUGGAAUUGACUAAAGCUGUAAGAAAAAUGAGGAGAUUCCCUGAUCAAAGACUACAGUGGCUACGGAAACAGUAUGUCAGCCUUUACCAGGAGGAUGGAAGGUUUGAAGGCCCAACCUUGGCUCAGGCUGUUGAGCUCUUUGGAGGCAGACGAUGGAGUACAAGAAGCACAGGCACGGGAUCUCUCACCAAAAGCACUGAGAAGCCCAAUGUGCAGAGAAACAACACUCUGGGAAUCAGUACAGCUAAGAAAAAGAAGAAAGUACUCAUCAGGGGUGAAAGUGGAGAGGCCACUGAUGAUGAAAUGGCAACUCGGAAGGCAAAAAGCUGUAAGGAAUAUCGUAAUAGAAGUGGUUCAGAUCCUCAAGAUAUUGAUGAACAAGAAGAACCAGAUCAAAAUAUUAUUAUUAAUGCUUCUCCAUCUAACAACCUUCCAUCAAGAAGAGCUCACUCUCUGACAGCAUCUGGAUCUCCCAACUUAGGAGCCACAUCAUCUUCACCAGCAAGACCAGUCUCCUCUCCUGUAAUAUCAUCAAGCAAAAGUCAGUCUAGCACAUGGAGCAGCAGUAGCUGGCAUGGCCGUGUCAAAGGAGGAAUGAAAGGAUUUCAGAACUUCAUGGUGUCUGAUAGUAACAUGACUUUUGUGGAAUUUGUAGAGCUCUUCAAAUCUUUCAGUGUUCGUAGCCGCAAGGAUCUGAAAGAUCUUUUUGAUGUUUACGCUGUGCCUUGCAAUCGAUCUGGCUUAGAGCCUGCUCCACUUUAUACUAAUUUGAAGAUUGAUGAAAAUAGCAGUGGAUUCCAGCCUGAUUUAGAUUUGUUGACUAGAAAUGUUUCAGACCUUGGUUUGUUCAUUAAGAGCAGGCAGCAGCUAUCAGACAACCAGAGGCAAAUAUCUGAUGCUAUUGCUGCUGCCAGCAUCGUAACCAAUGGUACUGGAGUUGAAAGCACCUCACUGGGAGUGUUUGGAGUAGGAAUCCAGCAGCUGAACGACUUCCUAGUGAACUGCCAAGGAGAACACUGCACCUAUGAUGAAAUCCUCAGUAUUAUCCAGAAAUUUGAACCUAGUGUGAACAUGUGCCAACAGGGGCUGCUAUCUUUUGAAGGAUUUGCAAGAUUUUUGAUGGAUAAAGACAACUUUGCCUCCAAAAAUGAUGAGUCACAGGAGAAUUCUGAGGACUUGCACUUUCCUCUCUCAUAUUACUACAUAGAAUCCUCACACAAUACUUACCUUACUGGCCAUCAGCUUAAAGGGGAGUCCUCAGUGGAGCUCUACAGCCAGGUUCUUCUACAAGGCUGCAGAAGCGUAGAAUUGGACUGCUGGGAUGGUGAUGAUGGGAUGCCUAUCAUUUAUCAUGGGCACACCCUUACUACAAAGAUCUCUUUUAAGGAGGUGGUGGAAGCCAUCGAUCGCAACGCGUUCAUCACCUCCGACAUGCCGGUCAUCAUCUCCAUAGAGAACCACUGCUCGCUGCCCCAGCAGCGCAAGAUGGCCGAGAUCUUCAAGAAUGUAUUUGGAGAUAAGUUGGUGACAAAGUUUUUAUUUGAGAGUGACUUUUCUGAUGAUCCCAUGCUGCCUUCCCCUGGCCAACUGAGAAGAAAAAUCCUGCUUAAAAACAAGAAGCUGAAAGCCCAUCAAACACCAGUGGAUAUAUUGAAACAAAAGGCUCAUCAGCUGGCACAUUUGCAAGCACAGGCUAGCAAUGGUGCGAGCAACCCCACACCUACCAAUGAAGAGGAAGAAGAUGAGGAAGAUGAAUAUGACUAUGACUAUGAAUCUCUCUCUGAUGAUAAUAUUCUUGAAGAUCGACCUGAGAAUAAAUUAUCAAGUGAUAAACUGCAGUUUGAAUAUAAUGAAGAGACUGCCAAACGACUAAAGAAGGCUGAUGGUGCUACUUACAAUAAUAAAGGAAAGGUUUACGACAUGGAGCUGGGUGAAGAAUUCUAUCUUCCACAGAACAAGAAGGAAAGCAGACAGAUAGCCCCAGAGCUAUCAGAUCUUGUCAUUUACUGUCAAGCAGUGAAGUUCCCUGGCUUGUCAACUCUAAACCCAUCUGGCUCUAGCAGAGGAAAAGAAAGAAAAAGCAGGAAGUCCAUUUUUGGCAACAAUCCUGGCAGGCUGAGCCCUGGGGAGUCAGCUGCUCUUGCCAAAGCAUCUGGAAAAGGUCCCUUUGACGCGAUGCGGCAGACCUGGGAAGAUCCUUGCUCUCCUUACAACUCUCCAGCCUCCCUCAGUGCCAUCAUAAGGACUCCCAAGUGCUACCACAUCUCGUCCCUGAACGAGAACGCUGCCAAGCGGCUCUGCAGGCGCUACUCGCAGAAGCUGAUCCAGCACACCACCUGCCAGCUCCUGAGGACCUACCCCGCUGCCACGCGCAUCGACUCCUCCAACCCCCACCCCCUCAUCUUCUGGCUCCAUGGCGUGCAGCUCGUGGCUCUCAACUACCAAACAGAUGAUCUUCCUCUGCAACUCAACGCAGCAAUGUUUGAGGCUAACGGUGGCUGUGGAUAUGUUCUGAAACCUCCAGUUCUGUGGGAUAAAAACUGUUCAAUGUACCAGCAUUUUUGUCCAUUGGAAAGAGAUCUUGAUAAUAAGGAGCCAGCUAUAUAUUCUUUAACAAUCGUGUCUGGCCAGAACGUUUGCCCCAGCAACAGCACGGGCAGCCCCUGCAUCGAGAUCGACGUGCUGGGGAUGCCCCUGGACAGCUGCCACUUCCGCACCAAGCCCAUCCACCGCAACACCCUCAACCCCAUGUGGAACGAGCAGUUCCUGUUCCGCGUUCACUUCGAGGAUUUGGUCUUUCUGCGCUUCGCCGUGGUUGAAAACAGCUGCUCGGCUGUCACAGCCCAGAGGAUCAUUCCCCUGAAAGCGCUGAAGAGAGGCUACAGACAUGUCCAGCUCCAUAAUCUACACAAUGAGACUUUAGAAAUUUCCAGUUUGUUCAUAAACAGUCGGAGAAUGGAAGAAAGUCCCUCUGGAAACACUCUGCCUGCAUCUAUGUUGUUUAGCCCGGGAGAAAGGAAAGCUGCCAUGACUUACAAAGUGACAGUUCAUGGAAUUCCAGGCCCAGAGCCUUUCACUGUGUUCAGUGUGAGUGCAGGGACCACGGCUGCACAGCUGCUCCAUCAGCUCUUGGCUACCAUAAAAGGCACCGAGUCAUGCGCUGCAGACUAUUUUCUGAUGGAAGAGAAAAGUUUUAUAUCAAAAGAAAAGAGUGAAUGCAGAAAACCACCAUUCCAGAGAGUGAUUGGUCCUGAAGAAGGGCUAGUGCAGCUUUUAAACAGUUGGUUCCCAGAAGAAGGAUAUGUUGGAAGAAUUAUCUUGAAAACUCGAGAGGAAAAUUUAAAUGAAAGAAAUGUCUUUCAAGAAGCAAAGGAAGAAGCAGCCCUCAGCUCUGAGGAUGACAGCUUCUUUGUUCAGGUACAUGAUGUGUCCCCAGAGCAGCCACGCACCGUGAUCAAAGCUCCGCGCCUCAGCACGGCUCAGGAUGUCAUACAGCAGACUCUCUGCAAAGCCAAAUACUCCUACAGCAUUUUGAGCAAUCCAAACCCAAGUGAUUAUGUGCUCUUGGAAGAGGUGACUAAAGAACCAGCAAACAAAAAGUCUUCAACAUCUAAACCAUCUCAGAGGAUUCUCUCUGAUCAGGAGUGUGUGUUUCAGGCCCAAAGCAAGUGGAAGGGAGCAGGAAAAUUUAUCCUUAAGCUCAAAGAACAGGUUCAGGCAGCACGGGAUGACAAGAGAAGAGGCAUCUCCUUCACCAGUGAGCUGAAGAAGCUGACCAAGUCGAGUAAGCAGUACCGGGGCUUCGUGUCGGACGGUGGCCAGGGCAGGGAGGAGCGAGCCGCCUGCGCCCUGGCCUUCAGUGACAUCAUGGAAUAG